AUGAUCCAGAAGUUCCCACAGUCAUAUAUUAUCCUCGACGCUCUGGACGAGUGUGGCGAUCGAACUGUGCUGAUAGACAUUCUUGAGGGGAUAACUGAAUGGCGGCUUAAGAAACUGCAUGUCCUUGUUACAAGUCGAAAUGAACCAGGCAUUGAGAUUUCACUAGAGUCUAUCGCAAAUGAGCAAAACACAAUAUGUCUCGAUACCAAACUCGUAGACAGAGACAUAGAGAAGUAUGUUCGCCAGAGGCUAUCUAAUGAUAGGGUCUUGAGGAAAUGGCAGAGAGAUCCGGUCCUCAGGCAUGAAAUCGAAGUCCGAUUGAUGAAGGGAGCCCAUGGGAUGUUUCGAUGGGCUGCAUGUCAGCUAGACGCCUUAGGGCAGUGCUGCAAUCGAGUACAGUUACGAAAAUCACUGGCAACAUUACCACCCACGCUGGAUGAGACAUACAACCGGAUUCUUUGCGGCAUCGACGAUAUCGACUCCGAGUAUGCUGUCCGAAUUCUACGGUGGCUUACGUUCUCAUCCCGGCCACUCACGUUAGAUGAGAUCGCUGAAGUCAUCGCUAUUGACAGCGAGCGCGACCCUGCGUUCGAUAGUGAGGAGGUUUUUAAAGACCCGUUGGACGUGUUAAGAAUAUGCUCCAGCCUUGUCACCAUAACUACAACUGAAGAACCGGACGAGGAAUCUGACGAUGAGGAAUCGGAUGAGGAAUCCGACGAUGAUCUAACUUCAAACGAGUUGCGCAAGCUGACCGGUCAGAUUGUUGCUCUAGCUCACUACUCUGUGAAGGAAUACCUUGUCUCAGAGCGAUGUCGUCAAAGCCGAGCAGCGCGGUACAGCAUGCAACACACUCCGUGUAACGAAUUCAUUGCCAAAUGCUGCCUCGCAUAUCUUCUCUAAUUUCAGACUCCGGAGUCUCUUUCUAUCGAAGAUCUACC